CAAGGAGGGGCGCUCCAUCUCGGCGCGUCGCCGGUCGCCGAGGAAACGCGCGCGUUGCCCGGCUGCGAACGGGGAAGGGAGCCGCCUGGCCGCCGAGGCUGGGCGCCAUGAGCUCGCAGCCGGUGCAAGGGCUGCCCCUCCUGCCGGGCUCGUCGUUCCGGGACCCCACGGUGAGCACAGGCGCCCCGCCGGCCCCGGAACCGCGCUCCUUCCCCGGGACGCGGGGCGCAGAAAGCGCCACUGCCUGCGCCCCGCUCGCCCCGCGGAAGGAGGGUCUUUGCGGGGAGCGGGGGGGCUGAAUGCCGGGCCCCAGGGCCGAAGUGAGGUUGGAUGGGGCCCUAAGCUACUGCAGGUAAUGGGGUUCUUUAUAUGUCCAGCUGUCCUUUGUCAACAACCAAUUGCCGCUGUUUUUUUGUGAUGCUAGAUGGUAAUUUAUGGAUCUAAAGGUAAAGGGACCCCUGACCAUUAGGUCCAGUCGUGACCGACUCUGGGGUUGCAGCACUCAUCUCACUUUACUGGCCGAGGGAGCCGGCGUACAGCUUCCGGGUCAUGUGGCCAGCAUGACUGAGCCGCUUCUGGCGAAACCAGAGCAGCGCACAGAAACGCCAUUUACCUUCCCGCCAGAGUGGUACCUAUUGAUCUACUUGCACUUUGAUGUGCAAGAUUGUGAAAGAAGAAGGUGGAAGCGAUUUAAAGUUUCAGAGGGAGAGGAUUGUGUUUGUGUUUGGAAGACUGGCAUGCCUUAGGAAUAACUCCAUAUCCCUGGAAUGGAUCCCGAUCAUCCUUCACUAAAGCAUUUGGAGGCACCUCCUAUAAAUAAGCCACUUCUAAAGGCAUCCAGCAGGUCUGCCUGGCAUUUUUGAGGCGCAAAAUCCUUCCCCCUGUCUCCCGGCUGCAUGGCUGGGAACUGGAGAACUCAUGCAACUCCCACAAUUUUAUGCCAAGGAUGGCGUGUGCUCUGACCCUAUCCCACUACGCAGGGUGUUCCCGCCCCCAGCCACUGUACAUUAUGCACCUUUGCUCAGCAAUGACAGUGAUCUGCCCCGCAUCCGACUCUUGGUUUUAUUUCUUCCCAUAGAAAACUGCCUUUCAUCGCUCUCAGACCUUGGGUUACAAGAAUGGCUUUGCGUUUAAGCGGCUUCCAACCACAGGGAUCGGUGGCCAACGGCUGCAUGUCAACCAGUUGUCCCCAGCUGAACUGGAUGAACUGGCCAACAAGAGACCCACUUUGACCUAUGGCCAAGCCAAGCAAGCCCCACCUUCAGACUUCAUCCCGGCCCAUGUGGCUUUUGACAAAAAGGUACUGUUCAAAAACAUCUCAUUUCAGAAAUGCCCAGUCCUGGAAAAGUGUCUAUUGCGAAGCUCAGGGAAUGAUUGAUUUUAGAAAACAUUAUUUUCAAAUAUGUCUUUGGCAAAAGACAACCAAAGCCUGGCUAGAAAAAGAAAUUCUUUGCUUAGAAACCAUGCUGUUUCAGUGUUUCAGAGUUCUCCUAGAAGCUAGAAGGCUGCCAGUCCAAAUAGUUGGAAGAGAUUAAUGAUGGCAAGAGAACUGAGGAGCAUAUUCAUGUUUCUGUUUUCAGAACUGUGCUGUGUGGACUAAUCUAGGUGUGAAGGUGUCAGAGUUUUGUGUCAGAACUGAGUCACAGCUGAAUCCCAGUCCAGCAGAGGAGGACAAUUUAAAGUUUACUAAGGGCAAGUUCUUUCUGCCCAUGUUUCCUUCCCCAAAUCGCCUCUUCCCAGCUGUUUUUUUUCUCUCAAGAGGACUCCAUGCAUUUAAAGCAUGUGAUGCCCCCCAAAAGUAUCCCAGAAAUUGUAUUUUUUUAUGGGUGCUGGGAAUUUCAGCUCUGCGAGCGGUACACCGCAGUUCCCAGGCUUAUGUGGAGAAAUCAAGUGCUUUAAAUCUAUGGUGUGUAGUUAGCUUAAGUCUGGAAUUAACCUCCACAGAGCAAAAAAAACAGCUGGGGAGAAAAUGUGGUUUUCUUCACACCAUGCAGAUGAUAAAAUUAUAUGCUUUUAUGAGAAAAUCAGUACCUGUUUUCUGAGAUACUAAUUUUUGAACCAUAUCCAGGUAGAAUGCAAAUUGGGAUAGUCCAUAGUAUUAGGUGUUGUCUGAACAAACCACUUUAAUAAUAUGAAAGUACAGGCAUGCCUUUUCAGCAACAAUUAAAGACUGAUUAGAUGUUUAUUGUUGGUAUCUAGCAGUUAAUUUAUUAAAACAUUUCUGCACUUAUAGACAGCCUUUCUCUUUAAACUUUAAGGCAGCUCAUAUCAAUAUAAACAAUAUAAUUAAUUCAGUACACCCUAUAAUUGCACCCCGAACAAGCUCAUUCUCCAUGAUCACCUGUGCUGAGGAAAGAAAGUUCUUGUUUUAUUUUCUCCAAAUUCCUCUUGGUCGAAAGACAUUUAACCUCAGGGUCACAUCUUAGGCCCACCUGACCUGUUUUCAUAGGACUAAAGGGAAUGGAGACCAUUGGGCAGCUAGUUGCUGCCAUUGGUCUCAUGUUGGAUAGAGCUUUCCUCCUGUUUCCUGAGACACCAUAUCCUUUUAUAUCUCCUGGGUUUAGCAUGUCCCCAUGUGCUCCCGCUGUCACAGGAUCCGCUCCCUGCAAGAGAAGGGCGCGCUGAAUUUUUCAGCUUUCAACUUCCAAAAAACCAGGGUUGCUAAAAUGGUUGUACCGUGACUUGGGAAUCCAAAAGAUAUUUUGGUUACAUUAAUAUGUUAGUUUUGUAAAAUAAUUUAGUUAAGGCAAAAUGUGUGCAAAACUGCAUAGAAAUAAGUGCCAAAUACUUGCAGUUAUAUCAUGUAUAAGAGCUUGGAUGUUCCACCUCCUUUUGUGUGAGACAAGGGUUAAGAUCUACCUCUGAUAGAGAGCUUUGCCUUCCCCCUUUUCCUUUUCUUUUUUGGUUGUUUUCUUUUUACCUAGAUUAGUUUGUUUUUUAUUGUAUUGUAUGUUGAAAAGUUUCAGUAUUUUUUUUCUUAAAAAAGAUUGCCAAGUAUUUGCAGUUGUAUUAUAUAUUAAUAUUAUUAUUAUUACUUAUUUAGCAUUACCUGGUAUUCUGAGAAGGUAAAAUUUAAAUUCUUUGGUUUUCCCAAAGCAGUUUAUGUUCUUCUCCAUCAAAUGUAGACUUACCAAGCUAAAUGUUGUCCAAGCACAAAAAUAAUAGCAGACUCAAAAACAUAUUUUUAAGAACCUUCACUAAAGAAAUUUGCAAAAAUUAAGUUUCACCUCCUAAAACGACACAUUCUUCUGCAAGGGUGUCUCCUGCAAUUUUACCAUGAAAUAAAUGCCUUGUGUCUCAUGGGGCUCUUUUCCCUGCAGGUGCUGAAGUUUGACGGUUACUUUCAGGAAGAUGUCCCCAUAUCUACAGAAGAGCAUUUCCGCAUCCGCCAAGUGGGCAUUUAUUAUUACCUGGAAGACGAUAGCAUGUCUGUCAUGGAGCCCAUUGUGGAAAACUCUGGGAUUCCCCAGGGCAAGUUCAUCAAACGCCAACGUCUGCCCAAGAACGAUCGUGGGGACCAUUAUCAUUGGAAAGACCUGAACAGAGGAAUCAACAUCACUAUCUAUGGCAAGACCUUCCGGAUCGUUGAUUGUGAUGCCUUCACUCAGGUACUGGCACCUGGGCCGCUAAUUUCCAGAACUGACUGGGGGGAAAGUAGGAAAUGAGUCAAUUGCAGUAUUGCAAUAGACGUGUUACAAAACAGAUAGAGAGGGAAACGUACAUCUUUUGUCUCCCCUUUCAAUUCAUAGAUUCUUUUUCACAGUUCAUUUACAUUUAGGGAGACACUUUUGUCACAGACAUCUUACAGUUGGGGGAAAAUUAGGGGGGGAGAGAGGUGGGGGGUUGUAUUGUUCUUUCGUUCUGUUGCCUAGUGUUAGUGGUAGGGCAGGCAUGGCUAAACUUGGCCCUCCAGCUGUUUUGGGACUACAGUUCCCAUCAUGCCUGACCACUGGUCCUGUUAGCUAGGGAUGAUGGGAGUUGUAGUCCCAAAACAGCUGGAGGGCCAAGUUUGGCCAUGCCUAUGGUAGGGGGUUGGGUCAGCAUCCCGUGAGUAGGUCCUUGUUUUUGUCGAUAUUGUGAUAGAUCAGGGGGUUUGGGGAGACAGGUUGUCGGGUCUGUUAAGCCACACUGAUUUGUAUGCUGUUGUCGUGUUGUGCUGUGUGAUGAACAGGAACCACACCGGGGUGAAGUCACCCUCCUUUGUUUGUCCCUGUGCUAGUUUAAGUUUGUUGGUCAACUUUCCCAUACAUUUUGAUACCAGUGGUCUGUCUGUGUUCACUCCUGAUAGGUCCUUCCAGUGUCUAGUCAUGAUGUUUCUGGCUGGUGAAAUUAAGUGACUUAUGACUUCCUUGUCUUGGAUUAAAUUGCCCCUUGGAUGGAGAUUUUGUAAAUCGAAGCCCCUUUGCUGUUCUGCAGUUCCUUACUGUCUUUAGCCUGGUAUUAAUGACAUGACUGUCUUUUCCUAGACUUUUCUGGAGAGCCAGGGAAUAGAACUGAACCCUCCGGAGAGAAUGAUUUUUGACCCUUACACAGAGCUGCGUAAGAUGCCUCUGCGCACAUAUGUCACACCCUCAGAUUUCGACCAACUCAAGCAGUUUUUGGCCUUUGACAAGAAGGUGAGUCUCUGGUUUGUUCUAUUUCAGAUUCUUUCUCACACACCUUUCUAUAUAAUGAUGAUGAUGAUGAUUAAUACUACUACUACUACUACUACUACUAGUAAUAGUAAUAAUACACCCUAAAUUCAAAGCAGCAAACUAGCCUCCUAUGAUAAAAUCAAGAAAAUAGCAAUCAAUAAAACAUGUAAGUAAACAAAACAAUUAAAACAGGAGAAGAUUAAACACUAUAAAGGCAGUCUGAAUAAUAAUUAUAAUUAUAAUUAUGUGCCUGUAUGAAACAGAGACUGUGCUUCUUUCUUUCUUUCUUUCUUUCUUUCUUUCUUUCUUUCUUUCUUUCUCCCUUCCUCCUUUCCUCCCUCUCUCCCUUCCUUUAUUUAGAACUUGGGCUUAUGACUGGCAUUCUCAUAUGAUUUACACAGCUGCCUUGUACUAAGUCAGACCAUCUAAAUCCAAUUCAGCAUGUUUUAAACAGAUUCUUAUAUGCAUGUAGUUUUAAUUCUAUUCAUGUUUAAUUGUGUUUUAAUUGUUGUUUUCCCUGUGUUUUUAGCAAUACUUGGUUUUUAUCUGUAAGCUGCCUUUGAGCCCCCUCAGGGGAAAAGCUGGGGUACAAAUAAAUUCUUCUUCAUCAUCAUCAUCAUUUAAGACUGCCUCCUCUGACUGCAUCUUUUUCUUAGGGCCUUUUUCAGCGGAGGCUGAGAUUCAGUGGGGCUGGGCAAAGUCUGUUCUUCCUCACCCUGAGUUCUGGCCCCUCCUGCGCCUUACAGGUCCUUCGCUUCUAUGCCAUGUGGGAUGAUACCGAGAGCAUGUUUGGUGAGAACCGGCGUUUCAUCAUCCACUACUACUUGGCAGAUGACACCGUGGAGGUCCGGGAGGUGCAUGAGCGGAAUGACGGCAGAGACCCUUUCCCUGUGCUGAUAAGGCGCCAGCACCUGCCCAAAAAGCUUGCAGAGAAGAAAGGUAAAGGGCACCUGUACUUUACCUUUUAGGGUUGAUGUGUAAAAGGAAAACCUAACUGGAAAAAUUGGUGUGCAGAAGGUAUGUGUGCAAGCAAGAGUAUUUGGGUGCAGUGUGAAUCCCAUUAACAUUUUGUAUACCAGGAACGCAUUCAGUGCUAUUUUUCUAGAAAAGGAGGUGCUGGAACUUCUCCUUUGUUCUCUUAGAAUGGCAAUGGUGCUGGAACUGAGCUCUGGUUAGCUCCGGCUGGAAAACAGCCCUGAAGGCAUUAAUAUGGGAAAGUGGGAGCUUGAUCUAUGGCAGGCAGUAGCCAGGAUGAGAAGUGUGUGUGAGGCUGGGAGAGGGCCCUUUUUCAGACAGUUUUGGUAGAAUUAGACAGGUCUUCUAGCAUGCGAUGGGGUUAAAGCAGUUAUCCACCAUACCAGUUAAAUGCUCUGUUCUGAUCCCAUUGCUGUCUAAAGUCCUAAAUGUACUCUUGUCUUUCUGAAGGAUGCUUGCUGCAUUUUCUUUAGUUUUCUAAAUAUUGCCAGAUGAUACAUUCUGAGAUCCUUUGGAAAUUACUUCCAGAGUUUAAGCAUGAUCAGUUUUGAUCUGUUUAAAAUUGCUUGUCCCAUUUAAAUUGCUGAGGCACUGAGGCUUCGGUGUUAUCACCAUUGCAACUGUUUGUCCCCGAAGAUACCGUAUUUUUCGCUUGAUAAGACACUCCAGACCAUAAGACGCACCUAGUUUUUGGAGGAGGAAAGCAAGAAAAAAAUAUUCUGAAUCCCAGAAGCCAGAACAGCAAGAGGGAUUGCUGUGCAGCGAAAGCAGCGAUCCCUCUUGCUGUUCUGGCUUCUGGGAUAGCUGUGCAGCCUGCAUUUCCCACACACUUUUUAGGAGGGAAAAAGUGUGUCUUAUAGAGGGAAAAUUUGGUAGUUUGUACUUCUUUCGACAGCUGAAUACUCUCCUUCCUUAGGAGUAAUCGGAGGCAGGACACAUCUAACCCUCUUUCUUCCGCUAGGACCCUUCCCAACUUGUGUCCUGGAGAUCUCUGAUCAGGAAGUCCUGGAAUGGUUCACGGCUAAAGAUUUUGCCGUAGGCAAAUCCACUACCCUCCUUGGGCGCUCUUUUUUCAUCUAUGAUUGUGAUGAGUUCACGCGGCAGUUUUAUCAAGAUAAGUUUGGCAUCACUGACUUCCAUCCAGUCGAUGUAAGGAAGCCACCUCCGGAGGAAAUCAAGCAGGUAAUGGCGGGGAGCAGGAAGGGGGAAGAUGGAAGAGCGAUCGAGGUUUGACUCAAGGCUAAGGCUCCAAUCCCUGCCCUGCUUGCUUGCAAGGAAACUGAACUGAGUAAGGGGCCACCUUUGAAGGUGACUUGGAAACUGCAAUUAAUCCAGAAUGCGGCAGCUAGACUGGGGACUGGGAGUGGCCGCCGGGACCACAUAACACCAGUCCUGAGAGAUCUGCAUUGGCUCCCAGUACGUUUCUGAGCACAAUUCAAAGUGUUGGUGCUUUAAAGCCCUAAACGGCCUUGGUCCAGUAUACCUGAAGGAGCGUCUCCACCCCCAUCAUUCUGCCCAGACACUGAGAUCCAGCGCUGAGGGCCUUCUGGUGGUUCCCUCAUUGCGAGAAGUGAGGCUACAGGGAACCAGACAGAGGGCCUUCUCGGUAGUGGCACCCACCCUGUGGAACACCCUCCCUUCAGAUGUCAAGGAAAUAAGUAGUUAUCCUAUUUUUAAAAGACAUCUGAAGGCAACCCUGUUUAGGGAAGUUUUUAAAUAUUUAAUGCUGUAUUGUUUUUAACAUGUGAUUGGGAGCCGCCCAGAGUGGCUGGGGAGACUCAGCCAGAUGGGCGGGUUAUAAAUAAUAAAUUAUUAUUAUUAUUAUUAUUAUUAUUAUUAUUAUUAUUAUUACAUGCAAACACCUCUCUGCUUAUGGAGUCUUGGCAAGCCCCAGCAACCAUUCCUAGAGCAUUCUGGUCCUUUUUUUAGUGGUUAGCUUAGCAUUAGCUCUGCAGCCAAAUGAUUAUGCAUCUUUCCCCCUUCAAUGUUGAACCAUAUGUCGGUUCAAGAUGGAGCCUCACAAAGGCUCUGCUAAGGCCAGAGAGACAUCCUCACUCCCCCCCUCCCCAAUUCAAUUGGACAAACUGCAUUUUCAUGUUAAGUUGGAGGGCAGCCACCUCUAAUGAGUAUCUCAUUCCAAAAAUGGGAUACUGACUGACAGCUGGUGGGAGAUCAUCCGCUGUCAUUAGCUCCCCUCAAUAAAGCUCAAAUCAGCUCUCCAAGACAGACAGGGAGCGAUCAGUUCUACAAAGGAUGGUCUGCCAACUGACAUAACACCAGAGAUCUGACACCAGCAGAAACUUGGGGAUGAAGUUAGCUGGGACGCCUCAGAAGGUAUUGACAGAGGACUAUCCCCCCCCUUCAUCUCUGCUGUAAUGGAAGAUAAUGGUGAUACAACAGAAGGUGCAAAGUGAAUGAAGUCCACUCUAUGAUCUUGUGAACAAAGUUGCAUAGCGUUGCAUUAUAAUUCAUUAUUUGUGGCUUCUUUCCUCUGCAGGAAAUCCCUCCAUACAACGGUUUUGGUUUCCUUGAAGACUCUCUCCAAAACUGCUUCAGUCUGAUUCCUCAAGCGCCCAAGAAAAACGUUCUCAAGAUGCUAGAGAACGACCGCAAAGUGUUGCGCUAUGCAGUUAGGAUGGUGAGAUGUCCUGACAUGCUUUCUGGAGGGAAGGAUGGGUUUUGGAGAUUGGGUGUUCUCAUCUCUAAGGGCAAUCUUUCAAACCCCCAAAUGGUUGGAUUUUUGUGUAGCAUGGAAGAUUACUCCCAAAGUAGGAGUGCCUAGGCAGGGGCAAAUCCUAAAUGAGGCAUCGGGGACGCUGCUUCACCUGGCCUGCUGCUGCUCGCUGGCUGGCUGGGGCAGAAGGGAACAGGCAGGUCACUGCGCCUGCCUGGAGCUGGCUUUGUGAUCCGUCCCAGAUUGGGCCUGAUGCCAACAAGUGAGGGCAGUGCCCCGGGCUCAGGACCCAGAAGAUCAGAAGCCAGCUCAACCUCUUCCCAGCCUGGAAUGCUCUGCCACACACAGGGAUCCCUUCAGCAGGUGGAACAGGGAGGUCCGUGCCAGCAGAGCGAUGUUGGCAUUACUCUGCAAGCAGAGUCCGUCAGGGCUGCAUGGAGGGACAUGCACCCUGCUGCCCAGUCUUGAUGCAGACGGCAUUUGGAUUGCAGCAUCCAUUGAUCAAUCUACUCAUUAAGUCGUAAUGUUAAUCCUUUUCAUGAUGCUUUCAACAUCUCAGGGUAUCCGUUUAGUGAUGUUAUUUCUUCAUCAAUGUACAUGGCAUUUAAAGCCAAGCAAAAUUUCCUGUGCUGAGGAGUUUUAACAGUAAGGAGGCAUUGAAGGAAGGAAAAGAGCAGGAGAGGCUGUGAUAAAAGGCAGCACACAUUCCUGCUGCAUUGCUUUAGUAAUUUCCUCAUUGCAUCCUCAACCUUCUCAGCAAAGUCUAGCAUCAGAACUACAGACCGUUAACAAACAACAGAGUUGACAGCGGUUGAGUUUACAAAUGGUGACCCUGUUUUCUACGGGAACAGGCUGUGAGAAAUGUGCCCUGUCACGUCCUUUAGAGCCGUGGUUCCCACAGGGGGGCAAUUUGAUUUUUAAGGGGGGCAAUUCAAGAAUGAGCUAUUAACAGUGAAUGGCCUUUUAGACUUUCUCCAUGUGAAUAGGAGAUCGCUUUUUGAAUAAUAAGUAUUAUAUGUCACAGGGAGGGGGGCAUCAGGAUUUUAGAGGUGCUUAGGUGAGGCAUGGCAAAAGAAAAGCUUGGGAACCAGUGCUUCAGAGCCUUCUUAAGAGCCUUUCUGAGUUCUUAGCUUUUUGGAAGCAGAUUUUUAACCAGCUCAGUUGUUUUCUGUCUGACAGAAGCGAACAGGGUGCUGCUGCUGUGCUAUAUACCAGGAUGGAGAGACAGUUGGGGUGGGGUGGGCAGCACAGUUGGGGGGAGGUCAGGUGCGAGGUGCCAUCCCAACCACACUGCCUGUUGCUGCUCCCAGUGCAGUGAUCUCUGUAUGUAAUCUCUGCAGGAAUCUCCCAAUCCUGAAGACAGUAAGCGUCAUUUUGUGCUCUCCUAUUGCCUCGCCACCGACAUGAUGAGCAUCUAUGAACGACCUAUGCGCAAUUCAGGAAGAAUUGGAGGCAAAUUCCUAGCCAAGACCAGGGUGUGCAAGCCAGGGUCCACUACAGACAUUCCUGUUUACUAUGAGCCAGCUGACUUCACCAUUGGAGCCACGGUGGAAGGUGAGUAGAAGACAGCAGGUAAGUAAAUUGGACGCUCUUACGUCAAAGUGCAAGUAGAGAAAUAGGUACCGCUCCAGCAGGAAGGUAAACGGCAUUUCCGUGCACUGCUCUGCUUUGCCAGAAGCGGCUUAGUCAUGCUGGCCACAUGACCCGGAAGCUGUACGCCGGCUCCCUCGGCCAAUAAAGCGAGAUGAGUGCCGCAACCCCAGAGUCGGCCACAACUGGACCUAAUGGACCUUUACCUUAUGUAGAAAACAGUAAUGUUGCUGGUUUUUUCUCUGUUAGCUAUCCAGAGUGUAGUCUGCCUUUGCUAUUGUGCUGGUCAAUAUCUUGGCAUGCAGUUGAAUAAUACAUCUUGAAGUCAUAAUAGACCAUUUAGAAACGUUUUGUCCAAUUUCCCUUGCAUUUGUGAGGCACAAUGUUUAAACCCAACUAGCUCAGAACUGACAAGCUGGCUAAAGCACUGCUGAACCCUUUGCUGAGGAAUCAGAGUUCUUUAAGGUCUCUGACCUCCAGAUCCCUUUUGCAUUACUCUCUACAUUGUAGGGAGAACAAAGCAAUAAGGAAUUGAGACGGAAGCAGAAAAUGCUGCCAGUCCAUCCUUUGUUUUAACUCAGCAGAGGACUCACCAGAGAGCUGUAGAACCGGGCACCAUUCUCUGCUCUCUGGUGAUUGUAGGCAUGGAAGGUUCUGUUCUGAGUUUUGCUCUGGCCACUUUGCAGAGCGAAGGAGACUGCCAGGCUGCAGGAUCAGAUGAAAACUUUGGCACCUUGGACUGGACACUUAUUCUUCAAAGAAAGUGCUCGAUCGUCUGUGCAGCUUGUGCUUAAUGGUGAACACUGGUUUACUUUUCUUUCAUUCCAGUGUUCAGCCACAGGUUCAUCAUCGUAGACGCUGAUUCAUUUGUCCUGAAGUAUAUGGAAGGCAAUUUGGAGAGUUUCCCACCAGCAGUUGUGCAGUCCAUGAGGGAUCACUUCGCACCUCGCCAGGCAGCAGCAGAGGCAGUAAAGAGGUGGGCUUUUAAAGAAAACCCAUGCAAACGUUUCUCCAGACAUCAUUAGAUUCUUCUUGGGUAGCUUCUUAGCGUGACGCUAUCUAUGCCCAUCCUAGGGCCAUUAUAUGCAUUGUGCAGACUAAGGUCCCCGUCUUACAUUAUCACCACGGGGAGGGAAUCAUUGUAGCAGUCCCUUGGACACUGUGGAAGUACCAUGAAAAUCCUCAGGGAGCCUCUGCUACUCUUCCUUUACUAGCUGUUGGGGAGUAAGAGUGAGAGAGAGCUUUUUCAUUCAUGGCCCGUCUUGUAGGCAUCCAACUGCCUGCUGUGGGAAAUGGGGUGCUAGUCUAGGUAGGCAUUUUGCCUGAUUCACUAGGGCAUUUAAAAUGAAUCAUAGAACAGUCCAACCCCUGAGGGAGUCCAUUCCACUUCAUACACUUACGUUAGUUUCCCAUCAAUUCUAAUCAUGUCCAUUCAAACAUUUCCAGGGUGUGCAUGUCUUAUUUUGAAGACUCUUAAAGGGUGCAUGCUAAACCUUUCUACCCUAAUGGUGAGGGGUUUUCCUUUUUUACAUGCAGGGUGCUACUUGCAUAGCUGUCAACUUUUCCCUUUUCUUGCGAGGAAUCCUAUUCGGAAUAAGGGAAUUUCCCUUAAAAAAGGGGAAAUGUUGGCAGCUAUGUGCUAUUUGUUGCUGGGGAGCAAUUCUCCACCUGCUGUCUCAAAUUGUGACACCUAUUGGAAGUUGUAGAGGAAAGAAACAAUAUCUAGGAGGAAAAUAAGAAUAUUUGGUCCUAGUUGUUUCAAUGAACCAAUAUAGGAAACGGUUGGCUACUCUUAGUGUACCUUUGUUAGUCAAAGGUGCAACUUCCCACUUUAGGAAUUGUGCAGUUUAACCAGAAAAAACACGGGGAAAACAGAAAGCUUUGUCUAGCUGCAAAAUAGAACCGGAGAUUCCUACCUUACUCGGAAUUAUGUUAAAUUUUGUCACAGCAGUGUUUAUGAUUCACAAGUCUUAAUCAUUUUCUCUUGUAGGUGGAUUCACUAAAAAUUUAGUAGAUUAAUCAGUGGGGCUGUGAGUUAGGAGCAAACUGCUGUGUUUCUGUUAGAACAACAACAAACCCUUUAAGAUGGGACUUUCUGGCAGAUUUGAUUUAUUAAAUAGUAGUUUGAAUGUCUUUGUUGAGGUUUCGCCAGUAUGCAAAUUUAUCUAAUUUUAAAUCAGCUUCACUAGCAGGCUGGUGAAUAAGGAACAACCAAGUCUGUUCAUCAUUAUUUUUUAUUUUUUUAAAAAAUAAUAUUUAUUAAAGUUUCACAAAAAAGAUCACAUUAAUGAAAAAGAAAAAUUUAAGAAUAAAAAAGAAAAAUACACAAUACAAAAUACAAAAAUACAAAAAUAAAAAGGAAAAACAGUUAAAAACAAUUCCUUCUUUUCAUAACUUCUUUUACAUUUACUUGUUUCCCGGACCUCCUCAUACCUCCCUCUUUUGUAUUCCAAUUCAGUUUGUUAGUCCAGCAAUUUCUUUCCCUCCUUUUUAAUCCCAAUCCUUAAUCUUAAUAUAUUAUAACAUUAAGUUUUUACCUAUUAAAAACCAAUUUUUCCAUUCUUUUAGCCUUUUAGUCCUAAUCCUUAAUCUUGAUAUAUUUAUAACUUUAAAACCUGUACAGCUAGAAGCCACUUAACUUCAAUCCAACAUCACUCUAACAUUCCUUAAUUUUGCAAUAUUUCUGUAAAUAAUCUUUGAAUUUCUUCCAAUCUUCUUCCACCGACUCUUCUCCCUGGUCACGGAUUCUGCCAGUCAUUUCCGCCAAUUCCAUGUAGUCCAUCAUUUUCAUCUGCCAUUCCUAAUGAUCUGUACGUAAGCCUUUCGAGAUCAUGGUAGCCAAGCCAGACAGGCUCGUGCACAACGGAGGAGGCGUACUUGCCGACUCGUGAAAGACGUUCCUCCCCCCCCCCCUUUGUAGGUUAGCUUCAGAUGAGCCUGACAAGCAGGAGCUGGAUGCCCUGACUGAGCAGAUACAGGAGCACAUGAGGAGACAUAACUACUUGCCAGACAGCAACAUGCAGGCAGCCUUCCUCCAGCAAGACAAAGAUGGUUCAGGGCUCCUCAGCAGAGAAGAGUUCUGUGCCCUCUGUGACCACUUCAAAGUGCCUGUCGAUGACCCCCUUUUCCAGAAGGUGAGGAGUAGGAAUAGUCACAGCAUCUGAAUUUUGCCAAGAAAGCCACGGCAGUGAUUUGCACUAACCUGACCGCUUGUCUGGUGCACACGUAUCCUCAUGAAUUCAGUGGCACUCACUUCCGAGUCCGUUUCCGUCAUAUCGUAUGCCAACAUUAGGACAAGGGCAGGCAACGUGGUCAGCAGCAGGGGCCGCGAUGGAAUCAUAAAACAAGAGCAAAUAGCGGCACUGCUUUCUUGAAUAGAAUUUGUAAUGUACUUCUGGUACAGUGCGAGUUUCCUCUUCACUGUUGGUGAACAGUGAAGAGUCUGGGAACAAGUCAAAAUCAACAGUGACAGUAAAGUAUUCAUGACCUUUGGGUUACAGUGGUACCUCGGGUUACAGACGCUUCAGGUCACAGACUCCGCUAACCCAGAAAUAGUACCUCGGGUUAAGAACUUUGCUUCAGGAUGAGAACAGAAAUCGCACGGCAGCAACGGGAGGCCCCAUUAGCUAAAGUGGUGCUUCAGGUUAAGAAUGGACCUCCAAAAUGAAUUAAGCUCUUAACCCGGGGUACCACUGUACUUUUAUUUUUAAAAUAAAUAAAUAGUAGAUAAUGAGUGAACAAAGCUUCCCCUUUGCUGCCAUGUUGGAAGUGUCCUUAGCCUUAGAUCUGUUGACAAUUCAAGCUGCAGUAAUUAGAAUUGGCAUAAAUUUAGGAGAGGGCCAUUUGCCUAAUAUCUCCUAGAAAAUUAGAAGUAGCGACCCUUGGGUUUUUUUGAAUAUGGGUUCCUUCCACACCAGCCCUUUUCUCUUGAAUUGCCCUCUGUGGCUCAUUCACUUUUUUUACAGUAUCCACAUUGUUGUGAGCUCUUUGGAUUUAAGUGGUUUUUGGAGGUGUUGUUUUUUCAGACCUCAUUUGUGGUUAAUGGGGGGGGGGAGGGGGGAAUACAAAGCAAUUGCACUACUAGCCUGACCCACUCUUUUCAGGGUUCCUGUUGGCGACAAACUAUUUCUCACCACUGUGGAGCUGCAUUUGUUCUUGAAUAUCAGAUCCAUUACAAACUGCCCCCUGCUAGUGAAAUGGUAAUAUUACCAGAUUUUUCAGCUACUUGACUUUCCUUCUUUUUCUCUUCCAGCUGAUCGCCCUUUGUUCCCAUGGUGAAAACCAGAUCAGAUACCCCAACUUUCUCAGAGUUUUCGAGGGGUGAACACCAAAAGGUAUAAGCAGCAGCAAGAGGGACUUUUGCAUAUAGAUCAACAUGGAUUAAACUGAGCUAAUUCUUGUGCACUU